AUGACGUCGCCGACGCCGCCGCCAUCCUCCUCCCUCCGCGAGCUGCUCGCGCGGGAGCGCUCCGAGUCCCAACACGCGCUCCCGUCGCCGCCGCGCCGCACCCUGUCGAGCAGGCACGCGUCGCCUCCUCCCCGCAGCGACAGCGACGCAGGCGGCGCGGUGGGCACAGUGGUGUCAAUGCUGUCCGGGUACGCGGGGCGGUUCUCCAAGGACCCGGAGUUCCGGCGGGCGCUCCGGGAGAAGUGCGCCCCCUGGCUCGCCCCCGCGGCGUCGGCGCCGGAGCACGCCGUGCUGGCCGACCUCGAGCUCGCCAUCGAGAGCGUCGAGCGCCUCGCCGACGCCGCCCCGUCCCCGCGAGACUCCAAGAUCCGCUCGCUGCGCAACUCCAUCCGCCUCCUCGGCGUCGUCGCCUCGCUCCACGCCCCUCCCCGGCCCACCGCCGUCGCCGAAGACCGUGGCUACACCUGCGGGGUGCCCAACGCCCACCUCGCCGCGUGCGCGCAGCUCUACCUCGCCAUCGUCUACAGGAUGGAGCGCGACUCCGACCUCGCCGCGCGCCACCUCCUGCAGGUCUUCGUCGAGGCGCCCCGCCUGGCCCGCCAGAGCCUCCUCCCGGACCUCUGGGCCCACGUCUUCCUGCCCCAUCUGCUCCAUCUCGAGGUCUGGCUCGCCGAUGAAUCCGAACUCGUCGCAGUCGCAGGCUGCGACGCAGACGCCGACGGCCCGGGCAGCAGGAGGAGGAGGACCCUGCAGAGGCUGUACGACGACCAGAUGGACAGCGGCACGGCCCAGUUCGCAAUGUACUACAAAGAGUGGCUCAAAUGCGGCGCAGAUACGCCGCCAGAUGCCCCCUCCGUGCCGCUGCCUUCCUUGCCCGGGGAGUUCGACAAUGGGGAGAAGCACUCGUUGUCGAUGCGCACGAGCUCCAUCAACAGAAACCUGUACAAUGCGGUUUUCGGCACCGCAUUUGAGCAGGAAAAUGUCAAGGAUGCAAAGCUGCCUGAUGAGGCUGGAUUUGUUUUGGACAUGGAUGUGCAAUUGGACGGAAAUCCAGCUAGCUUCAAGAUGGAGAAGCUUGCUCAUAGAAACAUUGGGCUACAAGAAAAGUGUUCCGGCAUUCGGAAAGAAAGCACUACCCGAGAAACAGCACCGACCCCGCGCAAAUCCUACUCGUUCCGAUUACUCCCUUGCCGUGGAGAUCUAAGCAGGAAUGUUAUCAGUCACCCUAAGGUCCCAAAGAAAGGCAUUGUCUCUGUCGAAAAAGAGCUAGACGGCAGUGAGGUAGCAGUGACUUUAGGACGAGCAGUUUCCAUUGUAUCGAAUUCAGACAGUCUUACUCAGUGCGAGUAUGCUGUGCAUGAAAUUGCCAGAGCAUGUUCAAAUCUAGGAGGGGGUCCUAAUCUUGGAACUUGGCUGGCAUGUCCCUCUUUUAUUCAAGGCCUUCUCGAGGUUACAUUCACUUCCAAUGAUGACGCGGUACUUGAGUCAGCAAUCUUGAUAAUGGGAGAGUUGGUUUUGAAGAAUGAGGUGAAUAGGCAGAUUCUGCUUAACGCAGAUCCACAACUUGAGGUUUUCCUGAGACUUCUGACUCUGAGAAGUAACGGGUUGUUCCUCAAGGCAACGGCAGUGCUUUAUUUGAUGAAGCCAAGAGCUAAGCAGAUGUUAUCUAUGGAUUGGGUGCCACUAGUAUUGCACAUAUUGGAGUGUGGGGAUGAGGUGCAGCUUCUAUCUUCCAUGAAGUGUUGUCCAAAAAUGGCUGCAUUGUACUUCCUAGAUCAGCUCCUUACGGGAUUUGACAUCGAUAGAAAUGUUGAGAAUGCAAAGCAGAUGAUUGCUCUAGGUGGUUUGGACCUGCUGAUGUGCAUACUUGAACUUGGAGAUACUCGGGAAAGCAAAAUCUGCAUCUCACUGUUGACCACAUGUAUCCAAGCUGAUGGCAGUUGUAGAUAUUACUUGGCUGAUAAUAUGAAGAAGGAGCCUGUUGUCCAACUUCUUGUACGGAAUCAGAAGACUAGUGCUGCUGCCCUGAACUUGAUGAGCGAACUAACCUGCCUUAACAGAACAGCCCAGAUGGUGGAGUUCCUGAAGGAGCUGAAAAAUGGUGGCUGCUUAAAUACGAUGCAGAUUCUGUUGGUGUAUCUCCAGCAGGCUCCUCUUGUCCAACAUCCAUUAGCAGCUGUCAUGCUACUUCAGCUUGAUCUCCUGGGAGAUCCUUUGCAGUACAGUGUUUACCGAGAGGAAGCAAUUGAUGCUAUCAUAGCUGUUUUGGAGCAUAGUUUACACAGAAGAAAGGUGCAACAACAGUGUGCGCGAGCUUUGUUGCUCCUGGCAGGGCGGUUUUCGUCCUCGGGAGAACCCAUAGCGGAAGCUUGGCUGCUAAAGAGAGCAGGUGUAGAUGGCUCCCUAUCAGAAUCCUUUAGAAGAACAGAGAUAUUCAAAAAUAAGGGUGCACGAGCGGAAGAAGAGAAGGUAGUUGAAGAGCGGCUGAAGAAACUUGCCCUCGUGUUGCUAAACACUGGGAACAAACGGUUCCUCAUUGCACUGUCGAACUGCAUAUCUGAUGGAAUCCCAACUUUGGUCCGGGCGUGCCUUGUAACCGUAACAUGGAUGAGCAGCUCCCUCUCGCCGUUGCAUGGAUGCAACACUUUCCAGCCUUUGGCGUGCUCCAUUCUUGCACCUAAGCUUCUAGAUAGGUUAAGCUAUGAUAGGGUUUUGGAAGAGAGGGUGCUUGCUUCGCUAUCACUGUUGAACCUUGUGAGACAUCCAGAAUGCUUGGAGAAGCUUUUUCCACUGAAGAAAGAUAUAACGGAGUCCUUGCGCGAUCUCGCGGAGGUGACGUGGACCGCGAAAGAACUCCUCUUCGCCUGCUGCAGGCGACAGACAGAUACCUGA